AUGAUAUCCACAACUGUUAAAUAUAUCAAAAAACAUAAACGUGGUAUUUUGAUUACUUUGGGAGUUAGUGGUGGUAUUUAUUUUCUAGGGAAGUAUGCCAAGUGGAAAAUUAUUGAAUUUCAAGAAAAAGCUGAGCAAGAAAGGAUUGCAAGAGACAAUAUACGCCGUCGAUUCCAACAACGUCAAAACGAUUGUGCGUUUGCAGUCGCAUCUCAUCUUCCGUCAAUAGCUGAAAUCUUGUUGAAUAGAUUCGAUGUUGAAUCAAUUAUAACUCAUCUACAAAAAGCAAAGAGUGCUCAACAUUCCACUACCACAACUCCAAAUGAUUCACCCGGUGCUUCUGUUGUCUUAGUGAAUGAACCAAAUACAACACCUUCUUCAUCUAUGAUAAUUGUAGAUAAACCCGUUGAAACCGGCAAUGGAAAGGUUAUAGAAACUUUUUCUGAUAUAAAUAAUGGGAAUAACACUGAACGGUCUGAAAGUCGACGAAGUGACAGCGGAUCAAGUACAAAUAGUGGACAAGAUAAUGAUCCUAGUCAUGUGAAUGCGAGCCAAUCCUUCACAGAUAAGAAAACUAGGUUGGAACUAUGGAAUGAAGUCAAAUAUAAAACUUUUGUUCGUUCUAUAGCAGCAAUAUAUCUUGAAACAUUUCUUACUCUGAUCAUUACUGUUCAAUUAAACAUUUUGGGGAGAUAUAAUUACCUUUAUUCUAUCGCUUCUCUCACCGAACGUGACAGAGAACAAGUGAUCCAAAUUAACCCACCUACAGGAUCUAUAUUAAAUUCAAAUAUAGAGAAGAAAUAUUUAACGUUCAGUUGGUGGUUCUUGAAUGUUGGGUACAAUGAAAUUAUAGAACGAGUUAGAAUUGCUGUGGAAACUCAGCUAUCAACUGUAUCAUUAAAACAAGAUCUUUCAUAUAAAGAUUUUGUGUGGUUAUUAUCUGAAAUACGUUCCCGGGUUGAAAGAACUGAGGAUGGCCAACCUUAUGAAUUUCUUAACGUGUUGAUACCUGAAAGCCAAGCUGAUGAACUGCGAGUUCUUGACCAAGGUGGUGGUGGGGAAUUAGAUAUCCAUAUCGAUUCAAAGCUUAGAAAAUUGUUGGAUGAGACAAAAGAUUUCUUGCAUGGUCAGGAUUUCACUGCUGUCUUAUCUGGUUGUGUGUCCUCGGCAUUCUCUUUGAUGCAACAAGAUUUACAUACACAUUUCGUUUGUCAGGAUGGUGAACAGAUUGAGAAGAAUGUUACACUCGUAAAACUAUUACCAGACUUAGCUAGAGAAGCACAUAUCAUACUUAGCAAUGUUCAGAACAAAUUUCUAGAU